AAUGAAUAUAUUGUUGCAUAAAGCUAAAACUUGAAGCUCUUUAAUGAUUAAACCGAAGUCGUAGAGAAACUUUGCACGAAUCGAAAAUAAAUGAUUUUAAAAAAGUACGUUUCAAAGUCAAUGAGAUUUAGUUUUUAUAUACAGCUUGAACGAGAACGUUUACGAAACGGACCGCGUUACAGCGGAUUAAUUUAAAAGGUGUUUAAAAAAAUAUAUAAAAUUCCUAAUACAUUUUUCAAUAAAAUCGACAAAAUAUAAAAUUAUUUAAAAUGGCCAAUACGCCAAGCACGAAAUUACAUCUGGAGACAAUCGAUCGCAUUGGCAGUAUACCAUUAAUCGAGACAAGUUUAAAACAGGUGGAAAAUCUAUAUGCCAAAGUCAAGAAUAGUAAUCGGCUGUUUAACUGGUAUUUUGAGACUGCUGAAUAUACUAUUUUAUCCGCUUAUGAAUCGGUACAGCCAGCGGUGAAACUAUUCGAAGCACCCCUAAAACGUCUGGACUCGGUGAUGUGUAAGAGUUUGGAUAUUUUGGAGCAACGUGCCCCCUUGGUGUAUUUACCACCCGAACUGACUAUUAUUAUGGGUUUAAAGAUGUAUUGGAAUACUAAGGAAUACAUGACAGAUCAUUUGGUUAAACCGGUACUCAAACGGGCCGAUUCCGUGAAACAGAUUGGUAAUGCGGUGCUUGAAAGUCCAAUAACCACCUAUGCGGCCGAACGUUUGGAGGGAGCUCUAACGGCUGGUGAUAAAUUUGUCGAUAAAUAUUUAGUGCCCAUUGAGGUUGAUGGCGAUCAAACUGAUGCACCAAAUGAUGAAGAUAACAAUGUAGAUGCACCGGAUGAAAAAGGCGCCAUCAAGGCAAUUCAUCACGGCCAACGUUUUUCGCGUAAGCUCAAACGUCGUUUAACCCAAAGAACUAUAGCGGAAGCUAGAGCACUUAAAAAACAAAGUAAAGAAGCAAUACAUGUAUGCUUAUAUGCUGCUGAAUUGAUUGCUACCGAUCCAAAAUUGGCUCUACAAAAAGCCAAAGAACUUUGGGCUUAUUUAAGUCUUGACGAACCAGAGAAUCAAGCCAGACCUGUAACACUGGAACAAUUAAUUGUUCUCUUAACACGGGAAUCGGCCAGACGUCUGGUACAUGUAGUUAAUUUUGGUGCUAAUGUUGCAGCCAAUAUACCCAAAACUGUAUCCCAUACUACAACAGAAGUUGUACACCACAUGAUAUAUUUCAAUAAUCGUUUGAUUAACAUAACAAAAUUGGAUAAAGUUAAAAAUUUAUCGAAAGAAGAAGCCGAGACAUUAAUAAAACGCAUGGUCACCUUUUAUGGCAACUUACAAAAUCUUUCUAAUGCCUAUUUGGAACGUUUGGCCACCUUUUUAUCCGGGCGCAUUGAAGCGGAAAAAGUUAGUGGAAGUCGCAGUUCUGGUGCCUCCUCUACAACAUCCUCAACAAGAAGACUUUUGGAGGAACAGGAUAAUAAUACUCCUUCCUCUCACAACAAUAUAAAUGGCGUAUACUGAGAAGUAGAGUUUUUUAUUGCAGUCGUAUUUUUGUUUCUAAUUAUCGAAUUUUAUUUUUGCUUUCAUAUUCGUACUAACUGAAAAAUAUUUAAAUAAUUUUUUGCUUUAAAUUAUUAGUUUUUUACUUAUCACAUAUAACGUUUAUUUUAUAAUAUUUAAAAAAUUAUUGAAAGACGUAGAGACGCCACUGCAUAGUAAAAUAUUUAACAGAUUUGAGGUCGCGUCUUUCGAACCGAAUACUCUUUAUGAUUUUAAUGUCUUAUAUAAGAAUUUAUUUUCAUUUUUAACAACGAUUUAAUAUUUGUCGUUUUGUCUUUUUAAACAUUUAUUUUUAUUUGUAUUUGUUUUUCGUAUGUAAGAACACUGUUGUGAUUUUUUAUAACUAUAUAUAUAAAAUACAUCAAAUAAAAUAUUUUUAAAAAUAUGUAAUAUUAAAA